AUGAUUUUUCUUUGCAUCAACCUUUUGCUCAUUGCAACCUUUUUUAAAAAGGAGUUCUUCUACACAACGACACGUUACAUCUUAUAUGCUGUCACACUACUGUCUGAUAGCUUUGUAUUAUUAAUGUCUGAUGUCCUUCUUAUCUUGACCUUUUUUCAAAUUACCAUGCAUGUUUGGUUAUGCAUCAUCAUCACUGUUCUGGUAUUUAUGUAUAUGAUACUCACACCAGUUACUCUGACAGCAAUGCCCCUGGAGCGCUAUGUGGCCAUAUGCAUGCCCCUGCGUCAUGGAGAGUUGUGCUCCACAAGAAGUGCUAUAAACUGUAUCCUCAUCAUUCACGGCCUCAGCUCUGUACCCUGUAUUGUUGUCUUCUCCAACUUCUUUGCAUCAGCUUCUCUAAGCUUUUAUGAACAACACAGUGUAUGCACUGUGGAGAUAUUCAUGUUGUUCAGAUGGCAUGAUCAUAUUAGGUCAGCUUUAAGUCAGUUGUACUUCUUGAUUAUGUGUAUUACUAUUGUAUUUUCCUAUGUUAAAAUAAUGAAAGUGGCCAAAUCUGCAUCAGGAGAGAAUAAAAACUGCUGCUCUUCUCAUCCAGNUCAGAUUAAUUUCAGGUUAUUUUUCAAUGUCAGGUACUUUAACUACAUAAUGUUUAGUCUCGUUCCACGAUGUCUCAGUCCUCUCAUUUAUGGCCUCAGGGAUGAAAAGUUUUUUCUUGAACUGAAAAAAUGA